AGUUUUAAGGCAAAAAAUCCCGCAUUAUUUUCACCCCGGGAUAGCCUGAUUCUUACCAGAGCGGACCGAGAUAGAUAUCAGAUUCAUGAGCACCGAAGCGUACACCUUUGCCAGGCGCAAGCGGCUUGUAAAACGAGCGCGCUCGAUCAUUCAUAAAGGCGUGGAUCUUGUUAUGUAGUUCCUCCCUAUAUCUGUUGGUUUCCUGGCUGUGGAAAGGGGUUGAACCAGAAGUGGAACAUGGCGAGAAUGGUAAACGAAAACGGGUGUGGACAAGAGUUACAGAGCACAGAGCUAAAUGGAGCCGGUCGAGGUACAGCGCGGUGGGGUCCCCAACACGCAGGGGCUCUGGAACUUGCGAAUUUGUAUUCGCCAGGAAAAAGAUGUCAGGAAUGGAUAAGUGUUGUCCUCUGCUUCUCUCUCAUGGCCUUCAACUUUUGUCACCUCCUUGUUAACUUCCACCUGGGUCAUAUGUGGUACAUCCUUUUGGGCAUUGUGGCAGGAAUACUGACUGCAGACUUUGCCUCUGGUCUAGUCCACUGGGGGGCAGACACCUGGGGAUCUGUGGAGCUACCCGUCGUUGGAAAAGCCUUUAUCCGACCAUUCAGGGAGCAUCACAUUGACCCUACAGCCAUCACCCGCCAUGACUUCAUUGAGACAAAUGGUGACAACUGCAUGCUGACCCUGGUCCCAUUAGCACACAUGGCUUUCAAUUUCCUCACCCUCUCGCCUGCGGAGCACUAUCACAACUACCCCUGGCACUGCUAUGUGAUGGCACUGGCCAUUUUCGUUACCCUAACCAACCAGAUUCACAAGUGGUCGCACACAUACUUCGGGCUGCCAGGCUGGGUGGUCUUUCUACAGAACUGCCACAUCAUCCUGCCCCGCAAGCACCAUCGCAUCCAUCACGUUUCCCCCCACGAGACAUACUUCUGCAUCACCACAGGCUGGCUGAACUAUCCCCUGGAGAAGCUGGGGUUCUGGUCUAGGCUUGAGGAUCUGAUCCAGAGUGUGACUGGGGAGAAGCCCAGGUCUGACGAUCUGAAAUGGGCCCACAAAACCACGUAACCAUGCAGACUGGCUGCAUCGCUACCUCAGGAGUAUUCAGUCUCUUUCUUGCCUAAGUCCAGCUGUAAUCAAUAGGAGACGCCAACAUAAGGAUCUGGUUUCAGAGAUGCCAUAUAGCUUUAAACCUUGCACAUUUUGUCUGGUUCUAACCGUGAAGCGUUUUGUCAAGGGCCCAGGGGUGUUUUCUUAACCCACUGUGGAAAUCUGAGUGGGAAGUGCUUUUUGAAAUAACAUUUUGAAAGCACUAAUACAUUGCAAUACUUUCUCAACUCCUCAUCUAGCUCUUUAUUUCUGAUCGUGUAUGUCUAACUUGACUCAACCUUUCUUGAGGUGUAACUCUAAAGCCAUUGUCCCCAAAGGGACAGUCAAAUAUUUUUCAUCCACUUUACAGACUGAAAAUGCUAAAAAAAAAAAAAAAACUUUAAAUGAAAACUCAAAAUAUCCCAACCAGAAAUACUUGAAGGAAACAGUUUGCUUUUUUUCAGCAUUUCGUGAUUGUUAUUCGUCACUGUUUUAAAAAAUAAAUAAAAAAUCUGGUCAUCUCUCACUGGGUAGCAUGGACACAGUAUUUUGUGUCAAGGACUGCCUAUUACCUUAAUUUCCUAUUCAUAGUUGAUGCUGGUUAACAAUAAUUUGCCUCCCUAAGAUAUUUUUGCUUAACCUUAUAGUGCAGUGCUGGCUUACAUUUAGUCUUCAUCCAAUCGACGUAACUGCUAUGUUCGUCCAGACUUCUCAAACAGCCUUAACAAUCACAGAUGCAGUCAUCUCCUGCCUUUCAUUUCACUUCUCUAUUACAGAACCUAUCAUGUAAUGCUUCAGUUCUUUUCAACCAGUGGUUUUCUGUCUUGAAUUUGCAAGUAUCCAUACAGUCUUUCUCAAGUAAUUUGCCAAUCUUUUUUUUUUUACACACCACACACCAUUUUUAAAUCCCAGAAGCAUGGAAGUGGUGAAACACAUUACCCUUCAGCGAUAUUGCCAAUAUAUCUGCCGUCUAACAAUGCCAAGCAGGCUGCAGUGAUGGCCUAAUAUUUUGAGUGCAGUAGAAGAGUAAUCAAAAGUAAUGAAUCAUCAUAUUUAGCAAAAUACCUGAAACGAAAGUGCUUUGUGUGUAUGCUCUAGUAAUCAUGUUUGUAAAUUAACUGUGCAGCAGAUACCUAUGCAGUCUGACUGGUGGUGAACCUGAACCUUGUGUCUUAACUAUCUUAACCUAAAACAAAUUGUCUGGUUGGCUAGAAAUGCUAUUUAUGUUCUUAAAUUCCCUUAACAUAGACAUUCUUUCAUUAUAAAAGGCACACUAUUACCUCUCUGCGUGUGAUAUUUAUUGUCUUUGUCACAGACCAAACUGUUGACGUACAAAAUGAACGACUAAGGUAAUUGCGUUGGAGUUCUUUCAUAAUGAAUUCAACUCUGGGGCUUUUAUUUCCAGUACCAAAAACCAGUGACCGUGUGGUGGUGUGCGUGUUAUUCUCCCAUAUAUGAAUGAUUUCCCAAUUUAAUAUUUGAAAAUCGUUCAGCUUGGGAAGAAUAAAGGCUGUACACAAGAACACUGGUCUCAAAUUCUCUAUUCAAAGGUGUGUGUCACACUGACUUACAUACUGUAUACAUGCAUGCAGGUUGGCUUAUGCAGGCAAUAUGUAGGAUCACCAGCCUUCCUCACUGUUCUCAUGUAACUAAUUAAUCGCUUGAUAGUGGAAUGAAAUCAACCUGCUGUAUGUGAGCACUUGAGUUUUGGAAGUUUUGCUAUUGUUCAGUAAUGUUUUUUUUGGGGAGGGGGGCUGUAUUGGAACAACCCAAAUUGUCAAUUAAUUUUAAGUGCUAGGCUUACUGUAAUGUGGCAUUUGCAUUCAUAGUUAUGAAGUUUUUUAAAGUGUCAUAAAAAUAGCUCCUGUUUUAUUCAGAAGUCAAAAUUACUUUACUGAAAGUUAACAAAGGUCCUUAUUCUUCUGACUCAGUUCAUAUAUUUCUCAAUUGUAGGUCAGCAGAAAAAUCCCUGCAGAGUUUGUUUUAUUAUAAGUAGGAUAUUGUAAAACCUGGGAAAGUGAUGACAUUUUGUUUCACUACCACUGGUUCUAUUGGGAGUGAAUAAUUUCAGUCAAACCCAACCAGGUUGAUGUAUGAAUAUCUUGUUAUCAUCCUUCAAAUUAGUAUAUUGUUGGCCAGGAACAUUCAUAGAUCAAUCAUGAAGUAACAUUCUCAAAUGUGUUGUUUUGGUGCAUUUAAUGGAUAUGGUCUUAUGGGUCCUAUUAAAAAUAAAUGGCUGCCAUUAUCCCCGUGGAACCAGAAGUAGUGACGCAAACUAUGGAUAAAUUCCAUUGCUUAUUACUGUUCUGCUUUGUCUAGGCUAGGUAAUAUUAAAGCAGGUGUGAGUUUACAUAUUAACUACAACGUCAUUUAUACUUUCUUUCUUUUACUAAGGAUACUAGUAAGUAUUUUAUAGAAGUAGGGAGAGGAUAAUAGUAAAUAAGCAGCUCAAUCAAUAAUUAUGACUACGGCUUCACUAGUUUAAAUAAUUCAGUUGAGGGGAAGAAGUUUGAAUGGAUAAACUGAAAUGGCUUUUCAUAUUGUUGAAAUUGUAACCUCUUAUCAGUUGUCUUUCAGAUCAUGUUGCUAUUGGCCAAUGCCAAACUUCACUUGAUUGAUGGAUAAUUAAAAAAUGUGUCAGUUUAUAAUGUAGUAUAUGCAAUAUUAUCUGUCAUCCUUUUGCCAUUGCAGAUUUGAAGUUACAGGGUAUGAUAUGAUGCAUUAAGCCAUGUGUUUAGUACAAACUAUUGCCUAGAUGUAAAUGUGUGAUUAAGUUAUUUUAAUGACCUAAUUGCUUUAAUACAAUACUUUUUCAAUUAAUGGAUUUAGGUAAGGCGCUUAAGUGUAACAUUUGGUUUGUCUAAAUGAUACAAGAAUAGAGAUGUUGCCUAAUGCACUUAUUUUUCAAAAGAAAGAUCAGUCAUGUUAUAUAAAUGGUUACUGUUGAUUGUUCGGGUGUGUUUCUGACAUGAGAUUUGUAGUGCUCCUUGGACCUCAAAGGAUGGCCUUAGCUUACCGGUACAAUAUUGUUGGCCUACUGAUGACUUGCAACCACACUAUACUAUUCAAUUGAUUCUGCUCUUAAAAAAACCUUAAGGAUCUACCCCCUUUUUUCUCUCUCCAAUUUUCACCUAAAAUGACAUUCCCAAUCUAACUGCCUGUUGCUCAGGACCUGAAGCAAGGAUAUGCAUCUUCUUGAUACCAUUUGAAAGGAAACACAUUGACGUUUGUGGAAAUGUGAAAUGAAUGUAGGAGAAUAACACAUUAGAUCUGGUAAAAGAUGAUACAAAGAAAAAUAUUUUUUUUUGUACCAUCUUUGAAAUGCAAGAGAAAGGCCAUAAUGUAUUAUUCCAGCCCAGGUGCAAUUUAGAUUUGUCACUAGAUGGCUGCAGUGUAUAUUCAAAGUUUUAGACUGAUCCAAUGAACCAGUGCACAUCUGUUCAAAAUGUUGUAUCUAGACUUCCCAAAUGUGCCUAAUUGGUUUAUUAAUACAUUUUCAGGUUCAUAAUUGGGCACUCUCCUCGAACAAUAGCAUGGUAUUCUUUCACUGUAAUAGCUACUGUAAAUUGGACAGUGCAGUUUGAUGAACAAGAAUUUAAGCUUUCUGCCAAUAAUAGAUAUGUCUAUGUCCUGGGAAAUGUUUUUAUUACUUACAACCUCAUGCGAAUCGCAUAAGCCAACAUUAGGGUAACCAUCCCGCGGGGUAUCCACCGAUCCUGUAGAGGUUUUAAAUUAUCCAAAAUUCAUGUAAUCUUUUCUGAUAUGAAUCCUGUGGACGUUAAUAAAGUAUGGUUGUAAUGGAAUUUUAGAUAUCAAACCAUGCCUUAAUGCCUUUUUGUUGUCUUCCAUGUGGAAGACUUACUGUGUGUGUGUUCUAUUUAUAAAGAAACUAAACACCAAUAUAUUA